AUGCCUGUUCCCUUCGAGACUCUUAUCCCGUACGGGAUCAUGAUUGUCAUGUUUGGUGUUUCAGGUGCCGGCCUGUCCAAGAUCCGGCACAUGCAGAACGGCGGCAAGCGGGCGCGGCGGUCGACUGACCAGUGGGACAGAUGCGUAUUUGCAAAGGGCCCGAACGACGACAAACGCAGCUCGAAAUGCAUCUCGAAUCGCUCGUGGACUAACAGCAUCGAAUUCGUAGUGAUGGACCGCGACCGGAGACUCACAGGCCUGUUACGAGGACAGACAGACAACCCAUCGGCGCCGCCAGGCUUCGAAGUGAACAACCCGUGGAGAUUGGAGAAGCGCUUCUCAUAA